UUUUUUGUUCUUCAGCCAGCCAGUUGUUGCAUUCUUUUUUUGGGAAUAAGCCACCUCAUCUUCGCAGAGGGCGUCGCGACUCCAUCAUCUUCUGUUGAGGGCCGCAGCCAUGUUUGCAGGCCGCCCGCGUUUUAUACGCAACGGCAUCAUCCUCACAAUCUUCCUCUUCGUCUUAUGGCGCUUCCAGGUCACGUCACCAUCGCCAUCAACGUCAGAAUGGAAGCUGCUGCAGCAUCGCAUGAACCACGGCGCGUCGCCGAGCCAGUUACCCGAGUCAAAGUCUAGCUUCGACUGGGGCGCCGUGAAGCUGCGCUUCGCCCCCAACAGCACCACAAAACUGCCCAAGAAGAGCUCGCGACCGCUUCCGCGGAUCCAGCAUCCCUUUGGGCCCGAACCAUCGCCUGCAGCGCGGGAGCGGGAAGCAAGGCUGCUUGAGGUGAAGAAGGUCGCUCUGCGGGCAUGGCGGGGGUAUAAGAAGCACGCCUGGAUGCAAGACGCUCUGUUGCCCAUUUCUGGAGCCGGAAGAGAGCAGUUCUCGGGCUGGGCGGCCACGCUGGUCGAUUCGUUGGACACGCUUUGGAUCAUGGGCCUGCGGGAGGAAUUCGACGAGGCAGUGGCCGCAGUGGCAGACAUUGACUUUGGAUCUUCGACGAGUAACCGGAUCAACAUCUUUGAAACCAACAUUCGUUAUCUCGGCGGUUUGUUAGCAGCGUAUGAUUUGAGCGGUAGAGAGCUAUUGCUCAAGAAGGCAGUAGAGCUGGGGGAUCUCAUCUACGGCGGAUUCAACACCGAAAACGGCAUGCCCGUCGACUUCAUCAGCUUCCAUGCCGCCAAAGAAGGAGGAGGACUGCUAGUUGAAGGCGCCGUUGUGUCAGCCUCGCCCGGAACGCUGUCUCUUGAGCUGGCGCACCUGUCGCAGGUCACCGGAGACAUGAAAUACUACAGCGCCGUGGCGCAGCUGAUGGAUGUGUUUUACCAGGGCCAGAAUCAGACGAGCGUGCCGGGAGUCUGGCCGAUGAACAUCAACAUGAACGCAAAGGACGUGGUCCAGGGGAGCUCCUUUACGCUUGGCGGCUGCGCCGACUCUCUGUACGAGUAUCUGCCUAAGAUGCAUCAGCUGCUGGGAGGCGGCGAGCCCAAGUACGACAUCAUGUCCAGGACGUUUCUCAAGGCCGCAGACCAGCACUUUUUGUUCCGUCCAAUGCUGCCCGACGAGGACGACAUUCUGAUAUCCGGCAACGUCAACAUUAACUCUGAAGGCAAGCCGGUGCUUGAUCCCGAAACGGAGCAUCUGGCUUGUUUUGUCGGUGGAAUGUUUGGCCUGGCAGGAAGGCUCUUCGGCAACGAAGGCGACGUUGAGCGAGGCAUCAAGCUGACCAACGGCUGCGUCUACGCAUACCGCGCCUUUCCCACGGGCAUGAUGCCGGAGCGAAUCGAUUUCGCGCCGUGCAAGGACCGCGCCCACUGCCCCUGGGACGAAGAGUACUGGAUCCAGGAGCGUGAUAAGCGCAACGAGUGGAGAGAGCACCUGCCCAAGGGCUUCACCACCGCCAAGGACCCGCGAUAUCUCCUUCGACCAGAGGCCAUUGAGAGCGUCUUUUACGCGUACCGACUCACGGGACGCAAAGAAUUCCAGGAUGCCGCGUGGGAUAUGUUUACGGCCAUUGCAAAGGCCACCAAGACGGAGUAUGCGAAUGCCGCGGUACUGGAUGUGACGACGAGGGCAGAGAAACCGCCUCAGGAGGACUACAUGGAGAGCUUCUGGCUCGCCGAGACGCUCAAGUACUUCUACCUGGUCUUCUCAACGCCAGAUAUCAUCAGCUUGGAUGACUAUGUGUUGAACACCGAGGCUCACCCCUUCAAGCUUACGAAAUGAGAUAGUAAAACAAAAUUGAGAUGUACUGUACCAACAUUCGAUGAGAAAAUUCUCUUGUUUCUAGCGUCGAAUACUCAGAUACCGGGGAAGACGUGAUUGGAGUUUGGAAAUGGCUUUCCACAACAUGUGCCGAAGCUCACUCUUGCCAAGCUCUACGGCAUGACUGUAGAAAUGCAGCCCCGUCGUCAUGCACUGUACCAUGAUCAAAUAUAGAAAGUUUCAUGUUUUCUAGCGUCAGAUGCUCCAGCUAAUGAUAAGACCUGAUUGGAAGUCGGAGAUUCUUCCGUGCGAAGAGCAUACGCUUCUGCGCUGGAGGUGUUCUAAGGCUUAUCCUCAUACUGUAUGUCGAUUGGAUCUAUACAGUCGCCACUUACCGCUUCCCCCGCAGUGCUGUGUUCCUCAUGGUCAGAAUUGCGUGUCCAUUGACAGCAAAGGCAAGGAUCCUCUGUGAUGCUCGGGGCAGCAUGUCUUGCAGGUGUUACUUUGUAAGCAGCC